CUCAGAGCCAGGACAUCGCAGCUGUGUUCCUGACCAAGCUAUUGUCCAGCUGGUGAAAUCCCAAGGCCCGGAAGCAGGAUUUCCACAUUUUCCUCACACUUGGAAAUGGAGUCAUGACCCGGAUUUGAGCUGUGCUCCUUGACUGUGGCCCUCAAAAAUGAAUGAGGAGAGAGUGACAUAUACAGACCUUAAAGUACCCAAUUCAAGGAAACAGAAGGACAAAAGAGGACCAGGUGAUAAAAAGAGAGAAUUUCCAUGGCAUAUUGUUGCAUUAUCCCUGGGAGUUAUGUGUGUUAUCCUCCUGAUGGCAAUCACAGGCUUAAGCUCUAUAUUUUUUCAGAAAUGUCCUGCACACACAAUGCAGAAUAAGAAUUACACAAAAGAAAAAAAUGCUUCCUUAGGAGAGGUUGAAGAUGACUCAAUUUUACCACCUAUUAUAGAUGAAGACUAUGAGUCAUUUCAAGGAAAUUGGCACUGCUGUGGAAAAAGCUGUUACUAUUUUUCAGAAGAAGAGAAAAGUUGGGAGGAGAGUAAGAAGUCAUGUGAAGUCCUGAGUUCUAGACUCAUGAAGAUUGAUAAUAAAGCGGAGCAGAACUUCAUUCAAUCAAAAAUAAGAUACAAUUACUGGAUUGGAUUAUAUAAAGUAGGAGCUAAGCAUCCCUGGAAGUGGCUGGAUGGCACACCCCUAUCUCAGACGGUGAAUUUCCAGCAGAAUUUAUUGGGUAUAAAAUGUGGACACCUCAAGCCAUCCACUAUUUCUACUGCUGAUUGUCAAAAACACUUUCAUUUCAUUUGUGAAAAGCUGUUCACUGGCUCUGGUUAUUAAA